AUUAACAAAGCGUGUGGAGAGACACAGUCAAAGCUAGGAAACGAAAAUUAUUGUGAAAAACUGGGCUUUUUGGAAGAAUAUAGAGUGACUGUGAUCCACACUCCAUUUCAGAAGGUGGCGGUAAUGCCUAAAAGUUGUUUGCCAACCGCCAUAAAACGUCAGAGGAAGAAGAUUUUGAACCUAAUAGGGCUCAAACCAAUGGCUCAUACAGAUGAUGGUAAUAAUGUAUUUCUCAUGAAGGUGUAGACCCAGCUAGAAGUCACUGACCAUGCAGGACCAAGAAAAACCAGAGGAUGGAGCAAGGGAAGGGGACCCGCCCGAGACUGCUGCUGAGCAUGCUAGCAUUGCUCUAGAUCAUAUUAGCAUUGUUUUGUUAUGAAGAUGUCUAAUGGUGGCGCGUGUUGCCUAACCCAGCCUGAGGCUCUUCAAUUCAAGUGAGUCCGUCUGCGGCCUGAAACGCUUCAAGUUCCGCCCCUCGCUUGCAGACGGCCCAUUCUUCUAUUGGUGGAAAGGUUGUCCUGAGGCUGUACACUCCUCAGCUGGUUCUUUGGCAAAGUUUGUGUGAUAAUCAUCUGAGACCGAGACGGACCAGGAAGACCUCUGCACAACAGCCAUGUACCUGUAUCUGCUAGGGCUGGUGGUUAUCUACUACCUGUACCGCUGGAUUAGGGAGCUACCCAGGGUCCCUGACAAGGGCAACAAGUAUGUGUACAUCACAGGCUGCGACUCUGGCUUUGGCAACCUCCUGGCCCGCCAUCUCGACAAGAAGGGGUUCAGAGUGAUCGCCUCGUGUUUCAGCGAGAGGGGAGAAGAGGAUCUGAAGAAGGCCUGCUCCAGCAACCUUAUCACGACACACCUAGAUGUUAGGUCCAAGGACAGCGUUGCCAAAGUUGCUGCGAUGAUCAAGGACAAAGUUGGCGAACGUGGCUUAUGGGCUGUAGUGAACAAUGCAGGCGUGUCUGUUCCCUCUGCCCCGUGUGAUUGGCUGACCAUCGAUGACUACAAGUCCAUGCUGGACGUCAACCUGAAUGGAGUGAUCGCAGUGACCCUGAGCGUCCUGCCGCUAAUUAAGAAGGCCAGGGGAAGGGUGGUCAAUGUAGCCAGUGUGUUUGGGAGGAUCAGUAUUACAGGAGGGCCGUACACUGUCUCUAAGUAUGGUGUGGAGGCUUUCAAUGACAGCCUCAGGUUAAACAUGGCGCCUUUCGGGGUCAAAGUCCUCUGCAUUGAGCCAGGCUUCUUCAAAACAAACGUGACUGACACUACUAUCCUAACCAACAAUGUGAAUAUGCUGUGGGAAAGACUGCCCCAGGAGACCCGGGAUGACUAUGGAACUGAAUAUCUAAAAAAGUCCUUAGUGGUAAUAUCAGACAAAGUUUCCAAGAUGAGUGAUGGAGAUCUGAUGAAGGUGGUCAGCUGUAUGGAGCAUGCUGUAUCCGCUGUGCGGCCCCGCACCCGCUACUCCCCAGGCUGGGACGCCAAGCUUUUCUGGCUGCCGCUGUCGUACAUGCCAUCCUGUUUCACUGAUUAUCUCAUGAAAAUGGAAGCCAUUCCUAUUGCCAAGCAGGUGCAAUAAAUUGUGCUGCUUUUUUUGUAUCCACGCGUGCACAUUUUAUGCAAUUCUUAUAAUACAGCUUUAACAGUGUAUUACUGAUACUGUCAUGCAUGUUUGUGUAACAAACAUUUGGCUGAAAUGCUGUUACAUAAAAAUUACAAUAUUAAAACAUUACAGUGUGUCUA